GUCACAGGGCCCGCCGCAGACUCCGUUACUAGAAUCAGCCCAGCACUUCGGAGUGAGCCACACGGAGAGCACCGUCAUGAAGUCGCUUAUUUUAGGGAUGGCAAUAGCGCUCGCCGCUUUCGCGAGCGUAGCCGCCGGAGAGCCCUCGUGCACGCAGACGGAGGUCGGCAACGUCCGCAGGGUCGUCUGCCAGUACUUCACGUCGGCCGAUGACUUCGCCAAGUACGUCAAGCGCGGAGUCGGGGAGGACCUCACCAAGGAGACCUGGUUCAAGCUGAAGGACAGCCGUCUGGAGCGGUUCCCCGACAGGGCCUUCGCCGACCUGAACGUCUGCAAGCUGGCCUUCUACAAUGUCUCGGUCAUGGACUUCGCGCAGCAGGGACCCACGGGAAAUCCUUUCGAGGGACUCGAAGACACGCUGCGCAAGGUCGUCUUCCACAGCGGCAGCACCCUGCCUCCUUCCUGGUCGGUCUUCCAGGGCAUCCAUAAACUGGAAGAGGUCUGCAUCGACGACUACGAGAACCUGCGGCUGACCACGGACUUCAACAAGCUUCCGAAGACGGUGAAGAGCAUCUACGUGACCAAGUCAACUGUGGAGCACGUGGACCCCGACUGGCUGACUUCACUGGAGAACCUCGAGGCACUGGUGCUGCGCAAGACGAGUCUCAAGGUCUUCUCCAGGGGAUGGCUGCCAAUGCCAGCUCCAAACUUCUUCCUUCUGGACAUGCCUGACAACCAACUGGAAGCAUUCCCAGAAGGACUGGCCGAUGAACUCCCUCGCCUCAGCGUCGUCAACCUUCAGAGGAACAAGCUGACUACCGUAGACGAAACGGCUGUGGCUCCACUCAAGGAUAAGACCGUCUUCGUCAACUUCGCCGGUAAGCCUUUGAUGUACAAGGAUUGGCCUUUCGAUCUCUUACAAAAACAUUAA